GGUAGGCAACAGCCAAGGCACAGAGACAGAGUUCUGCAAAGCCACAGAGAUGGAGCAUCUUCCAGUCCUGCUGUCUCUGUGUGUAGCUGUGUGCUCAGCCUACCCACUAGAUGGAGCUGCCCGAGGCGAGGACGCCAGCAUGGACCAUGUUCAGAAAUACCUAGAAAACUACUACAACCUCCCAAAAGAUGUGAAGCAGUUUGUCAGAAGGAGGGAUAGUGGCCCUGUUGUUAAAAAAAUCCAAGAAAUGCAGAAGUUCCUUGGGUUGGAGGUGACGGGGAAGCUGGACUCCAGCACCCUGGAGGUGAUGCACAAGCCCAGGUGUGGGGUCCCCGAUGUCGGGCACUUCCGCACCUUUCCCGGCAUGCCGAAGUGGAGGAAAACCCACCUGACUUACAGGAUUGUGAAUUAUACACCAGAUUUGCCAAGAGACGCUGUUGAUUCUGCCAUUGAAAGAGCUCUGAAAGUCUGGGAGGAGGUGACUCCUCUCACAUUCUCCAGGGUAUAUGAAGGAGAGGCGGACAUAAUGAUUUCUUUCGCAGUUGGAGAACAUGGAGACUUUUCCCCUUUUGAUGGACCUGGAAAAGCUUUGGCUCACGCCUAUCCGCCUGGGCCAGGGAUUUACGGAGAUGCUCACUUUGAUGAUGAUGAACAGUGGACCAAGGACACACGAGGAACCAAUUUAUUCCUGGUUGCUGCUCAUGAACUUGGCCACUCCCUGGGUCUCUUCCACUCGGCCAACACUGAAGCGCUGAUGUACCCAGUCUACAACUCACUCACAGACCUGGCCCGGUUCCGCCUUUCUCAAGACGAUGUGGACGGCAUUCAGUCCCUCUAUGGACCUCCCCCUGCCUCCUCUGAUGACACCCCGGUGCCCACGGAAUCUGUCCCUCCGCAACCUGAGACACCAGCCAUGUGUGAUCCCGCUUUGUCCUUCGACGCAGUCAGUACCCUGAGGGGAGAAGUCUUGUUCUUUAAAGACAGGCAUUUUUGGCGCAAAUCCUUCAGAACACUAAAGCCAGAAUUUCACUUGAUCUCUUCAUUCUGGCCGUCUCUACCUUCAGGCCUGGAUGCUGCGUAUGAAGUUACCAGCAAGGAUACUGUUUUCCUUUUUAAAGGAAAUCAGAUCUGGGCCAUCCGAGGAAAUGAGGUACAAGCAGGCUACCCAAGAGGCAUCCAUACCCUGGGCUUUCCUCCAACUGUAAAGAAAAUCGAUGCAGCCAUGUCUGAUAAGGAAAAGAAGAAAACAUACUUCUUUGUAGAGGACAAAUACUGGAGAUAUGAUGAGAAGAGACAGUCUAUGGAGUCAGGUUUUCCCAAGCAAAUAGCUGAAGACUUCCCAGGGGUCGACUCACAGGUUGAUGCUGUUUUUGAAGAAUUUGGGUUUUUCUAUUUCUUCAGUGGAUCUACACAGUUGGAGUUUGACCCAAAUGCAAAGAAAGUGACACAUAUUUUGAAGAGUAACAGCUGGUUUAAUUGUUAGGAGAGGUGUGUAGAACACACACUAUGAGCAUUUGAAGUGAAGCUAAUAACUGUUCACCUAAGUCUUUGUGCAUGAAAAGGGUUUGUUUUCUCCUGCACAUGCUGUGACAGAGAACACAAGUGUGCACGGUGCGUCCUGCCAGUCAUCUUCGCGUCACUAAGGGCAUUCAAAUGGGCUGCCGCCUGGCUCACACCUGGUUACACGGAGUGAUUGUUCACUCAUGUGUGACAGACAAA